ACAAGAAAACACAAUAAAAAAGAAGCUUUAGAAGAUUAAAAGAGAAAAGGAAAUGUGUUCUUCGCCAAGCAUGCCGGGCUUCUUAAGGGUUAUGCUCGUUGUGUUAUGUGCUGUAUUCAUUUUUCCAAAUCUAACGCAUGCAGAGCAUGAAAGAGUUACAAGGCACUACAAGUUUAACAUCAAAAUGCAAAAUGUGACAAGGCUUUGCAAAACAAAGAGCAUCGUGACUGUGAAUGGACAGUUUCCAGGUCCUAGAAUAAUAGCAAGAGAGGGUGAUAGACUUGUGAUUAAAGUGGUUAACCAUGUUCAGCACAAUGUGACAAUUCAUUGGCAUGGAAUCCGGCAAGUGAGAAGUGGUUGGGCAGACGGACCGGCGUAUAUAACGCAGUGUCCGAUUCAGAGAGGGCAGAGUUAUGUAUACAACUUCACGGUGGUUGGGCAGAGAGGUACACUGUGGUGGCAUGCACACAUCUCAUGGCUCAGAACAACUCUCUAUGGUGCCAUUGUGAUUCUUCCAAAGAGACACGAGGCUUAUCCAUUCGCCAAGCCCUUCAAAGAAGUCCCCAUCAUACUUGGGGAGUGGUGGAAUGCGGACACAGAAGCUGUUAUAAACCAAGCAACGAAAACAGGAUUGGCGCCUAAUCUGUCUGAUGCUCACACAAUCAACGGCCUUCCAGGUCUUCUCUCUAACUGCUCAGCCAAAGAGACUUUCAAGCUGAAGGUGAAGCCUGGAAAAACGUAUCUGCUUCGGCUGAUCAACGCUGCACUGAAUGAUGAGAUGUUCUUCAGCAUAGCAAACCACACCCUCACCGUGGUCGAAGUAGACGCAGUGUACGUAAAGCCCUUCGCAUCAAACAUUGUUCUCAUCACACCAGGCCAAACCACCAACGUUCUUCUCAAAACCAAACCAACCCCUCCAAACUCCAGAUUCGCCGUCGCCGCAAGGCCCUACGCCACCGGCCCCGCCGCCUUCGACAACGCCACAACCACCGCCCUGCUUGAGUACAACCACCCCGCACCCUCACUCUCCAACACCAAUAACCUUCCACUUUUCAGACCCCCACUCCCCAAAUUCAACGACACAGUCUUUGCCGCCAAAUUCAACAACAGAGUCCGUAGCUUGAACACCAAAAGGUUCCCAGCAAAAGUUCCAAGAACCGUUGACAGACGCUUCUUCUUCACGGUGGGGUUAGGGAUCAGUAAAUGCUCCAAGAACGAAGCGUGUCAAGGACCCAACAACACGAGAGUCGCGGCUGCCGUUAACAACGUGUCGUUUGUGAUGCCAAACACGGCCUUACUCCAAGCACACUUCUUUAACAAAUCAAAAGGGGUUUACAGCACUGAUUUCCCUGCGAACCCGCCGGUUAAGUUCAACUACACCGGCACGCCGCCGAGGAACAUCAUGGUAAGUAGUGGGACGAAGGUGGUGGUGCUGAAGUUCAACGAGAGCGUGGAGUUGGUGCUGCAGGACACAAGCAUCAUCGGAGCAGAGUCGCACCCACUUCAUCUUCAUGGAUUUAACUUCUUCAUUGUGGGUCAAGGCAAUGGAAACUUUGACCCCAAAAAGGAUCCUAAGAACUUCAAUCUUGUUGACCCCGCUGAGAGAAACACUGCUGGCGUGCCUUCUGGUGGAUGGCUCGCUCUGCGCUUCCUUGCUGAUAACCCAGGGGUUUGGUUUAUGCACUGCCACCUUGAAGUGCAUACAAGUUGGGGUCUCAAAAUGGCUUGGAUUGUCCAAGAUGGAAAACGGCGCAAUCAGAAGCUGCCACCUCCACCAUCUGAUCUUCCCAAAUGUUAAACAUUUACCCAUUCAUUUUGUUUUUUCUUAGUCUAUUUUCUCAUUGAAUUGGAUUAUUUUCUGUCGUGUUUCUAUACAUUUUUUGGUAGUCGUUACCCAUAAAAGCUUCGGCUUAGUCUUUCUUCAAUUUUGGUCACUCUUUAAUUAGGAAACUAGCUAGCAUACAUGAGUUUUGCAUUUGUGUA